AUGACCACCGCUGACGACGAAGCCUGGGACGAAUGGGAAGACGACGCCCCCGCGUCGCCCCCAGAGCUCCCCGCUACAUCAACUUUGCAUGACCAUGAAGCCAAGACGCAAGCGCAGCCAACCGCGCCAGAUUCGCCGUCGUCCGACGCCGGGAAGUGGGGCUUUGACCUCUCGGAACUCGAGCGAGAGAUGUCGGAUCUUCCGCCGGACAGCUGCGCGACGCGCUUGAGCGCCCCUGACGCCGACGCCAGCAACGAGGAGGCGCUACUAUCAGCCAUUAAAGGUCUGCCUAGCGCCUUGCAAGCCGGUGGCGAGCGGAUGCGAACGCUGCAGGCGCUAGUGCUGGUCGCGCGCCUGCACGUUGAGUUGGCUCGUGGCAGCUUUGCCGAGCUGCAGAGCGGCCCACAGAGCUUGCAGGAAGAGUUGGACGCUAUGGCUGAAGAGCUGCAGCAAUUGGCAGGAGAGUGGGGCGAUCAGAAGCUGCUGGAGACGACGCUGGGUGCAUCAGAGCGCCGUCAACUCGAAGAGAUGACGGGGCUGCUGCACAACGCUCUGGAUGCGGAAAACGAAGACUUGACGCUGUUCCGAGAGGUGGUCGAGCAGCUUUUUGAAGGUCUGCCGGAGCAGAAGCUGGUGGUGUCGACGAACUGGCUGCAGAGAGAGGAUGUUGCAGCGGUGGAGCAGGAGGAGACGGGGGACAAGAGCUACUUGAAGCAGGUUUUGGCCAUCUCCAGUGACGAGCCGGGCAAUGCCAGCCGCAUGCCGACGUUGUCAGAGGCAGAGAUCUUCCAAGACGCCAAGGAUAUCGGGCGUGACGAGCUGCUGAUCAAUGGUCAGCGCGUGGAAGGCACGAGAGGGUACGACGCCGUCGUGGAUGCGCUGCAGCAUGAGCUGGAGCAUGUCCUGGCGCGGCAAGCGGGCAAGACGCCGGAGCAGACGCCUAUGGCAGUGAGCAAUGCGCUGCAGUCGGUUGCGAUGGCGGUGCUGCAUGCGAGCAACCGCACGGAAUCGGGUGGUAGUUCGUAUGAAUUACUGGGUAAGUUCCUUAGCAACCAUGAGAUGGAUCGAGUGCUGCUGCGCCCGGCGUCGGCACGCGCGGCUCCGCUGGAGGUUCACAUGGACGUGGGCCCGUAUCUGGAGACUGUACCAGGCUCCAAGGAGACAACGUGGGCCUUUGGACUGCGUGUGAAGCUUGUGGCGGUGACGUGGUAUCUCGUGUGCGAUUCUGAAGACCCUACGAACGAACUGUACGAGGUUGAAACUACAUUCUGCAACCGCCUUGCUUUUCCAGUGGGGCUGACACCUUUCCACCCGCUCGACAGCAUGCGCAAGGACCGCGGUGAUGUCACAGUGCGUCUAGUGCUUCCUACUGCUGCAGCAGAUCUGGACCAACAAGUAGUAGAAUAG